AUGAUAUUUUCGACAGUAAUUUCAACUACAAAUGGUGCGACAUGCUCAUAUAAGGUACCAAAUGUGGAUGAUAUUGUUUUUGAUGUACCACUUGAUGUUGCUAUCAUGGACAUUGAUGAUAUGAAAGGUGAUAAUGUUAGAUUUCGGAAGACACGUAACGUAAAUCAUAUAGAUAACGAUAUCUUCCAACCGUUAAGAAUACAUCUUCAUUAUGAUAAAGUUAGCAUUGACAAAUUAAUGACAAACAUACAAUUCUUUAUAAAUACAUCUUUAUUACCGGAAGCAGUAAAUUACUGGCAAGAUGCAUUAGCAGUACGUCCAACAACUGCACCAAUACGACUUAAUAGAAAAUGUGUAUCAAAUUUAUAUUACAUGCGUAUAUAUGAGAAACGACAAUCAUGUGUAUUAGGCUGUAAAAAAGAGACAAGUUGUGGUGAAGUAAUCAUACCAGAUGAACACUUAUAUCAAUGUUGGUAUUGCACAUCACCAGAAUCUCAAAAUUGUGGUAUUAUGGGACCUCCCGAUGGAGCUGGUGUACCAAAUACUGAUUUUCUUCUUUAUGUUUCUGCGGUAUUGUCACAACGUUGCAAAAAUGUUGAUACAGUAGCAUAUGCAGCGCAUUGUCAACAAGAAGCUGAUCUCGAUAGACCAAUUGCUGGACAUGUUAAUUUAUGUCCAAAUGCGCUUUCAACUGCACUACACGAUCGUGAAGUAUUACUUUCAACGGUAAAACAUGAAAUUUUGCAUGCUUUGGGAUUUUCCGCAGGAUUAUAUGCAUUCUUCCGGGACGAUAAUGGAAAUCCACGAACACGACGAAAUCGUUACAAUAAACCGAUUUCGUUGAAUAAAGACCGCGGUUACUAUAAUUGGGAUCCAAGCACCAUACAGACAAUUAUACGGAAUGAUUGGUGGACAGCAGAAGGAAUGGUACCACAUCCGGUACACGUGAUGGUAACACCGCGUGUACAACAAGAAGCCCGACAGCAUUUUAACUGUUUGGAUUUGGAAGGAGCUGAGUUGGAAAAUCAAGGUGGUGAUGGUACCGCGUUUACACAUUGGGAGAAGCGUCUUUUCGAAAAUGAAGCAAUGACGGGUACUCAUACACAAAAUCCGGUAUACUCUCGAUUAACAUUUGCACUUUUAGAGGACAGUGGAUGGUACAAAGCGAAUUACAGCGCAGCUGAAGAACUUCACUGGGGUCAUCAUCUUGGUUGUGAGUUUGCGAAAAAAAGUUGUGGCGAAUGGAUCCGAAAUCGACGAGAAAAAAACCUUUUGCUAGCACCAUUUUGUGAUGAAAUUAAACAUGAUGGGAAACGUUCAUUAGCGACAACAAGGUGUACGGCACAACGAGAUUCAUUAGCUUUGUGCAAUUUGAUACCAUACCAAAAGCCACUUCCACUGGAAUAUCGUAAUUUCGCUUUCUUGAAUGAAGUACAAGAUGACAGCGCCAUGUACUAUGGUGGAUCCGUGGAACUUGCUGAUUAUUGUCCUUAUAAUCAGGAAUUUGAAUGGAAAGCACUAAAUUCAUCGAAACGCCGUGAUAGCAGGUGCGAAUUGGACGGAAAUUUUACACCUAGUCAUUCAAAUUCAAUACUGGAAGUAUAUAGUAAUCAGUCAAAAUGUUUCGAUUUAGCGACUUUUUGGAGCGAGCGAAAAUGUGGUCGUGUUCGGACAUUUCUUCAGUAUAAAGCCGGGUGCUAUCAGUAUGAAUGUAGUGAAGGUCGCUUGAAUAUUGGUUUGUUCAAUGAAACUUUUUUCUAUCCGUGUUAUUUUACUGGCCAAUAUGUUCAUAUUCGAAAGAUUAUAAAUGGCUGGUUACGUGAGGGAAUGAUCAUUUGUCCACCAUGUGAAGAGAUCUGCCAUUCAGAACAUUUUUCUUUGAACGACAAAUUUGGUUACUGUCAGGAAAUAAAUAAACAUGAAAUUCCCGAAUAUGUAGGAGAUAUGCCGCUAGAUGAACCUUGCGCAGCAUCUACUUAUCAUUGUAGUUUGAUUUUUCUUCUUUUCAUUUUUCUCAUACGGUUUUUGCAUACUUUUGUCUUUCCGGGUAUUUUAUAUGAUUUUUUCAUCAUACAUUCUUUUAAUAAAUGA